AUGAACAACUUCAACACGAGUUUGACGACCUUGAUCGCUUGUUUAACGCUCUUGUUUGGGGUUUCUGAAGCGACGCCGGGAAACCACCAUGUACGACAGGUGAACGACACCUCCAAGGCCGGCAUGGCGUGGGCGAACUCCAAUGCUGUCAGUAUCAAGCAGUAUGAGGUGACUGGGAAAGUUUCGUGGUACUAUACCUGGUCUUCGAACCUCGUCAAUUCUGAUCUUGAAUUUGUUCCUUUGUUAUGGGGAACGAAAACUCUGGAUCAGUUCUCGUCGACCAUACAGCCAACGCUUUCUCAAACGCGUCCCAUUAUUACCGCAGUCCUAGGGAUGAAUGAACCUGAUCAAACAAGCCAGUCGAAUUUGACUGCGUUGGAGGGCGCACAAAUGUGGAAAUCCUAUCUAGAACCCUUGAGGGUUAAUGGCGUACGUCUCGGUAGCCCAGCAAUAUCCAGUGCUCCCACUGGUAAAACCUGGCUUCAAGAUUUUUUCACUGUUUGCGCUGGUAACUGCACCGUCGAUUUCAUCGCUCUUCAUUGGUAUGGCGUCAACGCAACACAAUUCAUUCAAUAUCUCAACGACCUCCACGCCACCUUCCAGAAACCACUUUGGGUAACGGAGUGGGCUUGUCAGAAUUAUGUUAAUGUCCAACAGCAGUGCUCUGAUAACGAUAUCGUACAUUUCAUGAACGAGACCCAAUCUUUUAUGGAUGGUGCAAUUUUUGUUGAGAGAUAUGCUUGGUUUGGUGCGAUGGAGCAUUUGCCACAAGGCGUAAAUCCUGGCAACGCGCUCAUGGAUGCAAAUGGAAAUAUUAACGCUCUUGGGAGACAGUAUAUUAACAGUAUUGGCACCUCAGUGUCGAGUGAUGCAAGUAGACCUGCCAAGUCUCUGAUACCUUCAUUUAUACCACUCUUUUUGGUGUCCCUAAUGUUUUGUUAUUUUUGA